AGCAGCAGCACUCAGCAGCAGCAGCAGCAGUUGCCGCAGAAGCGUGAGAGAAAAAUCAUCAAAAUCACGGACAACACGGGGAGGGACGUGACAGAGGAGAUCCUGAGUGGAGGCAGUGGCAGCAGUAACCCCACCCCUCCCAACUCAGGCAGGUCAAGUGCCACAGCCACACCGCCGCAGACUCAGCAGCAAGCUGGUCCGCCUGCGAAGCCGGGUGAGAGCAGCACCAGCAGCAGCACCAGCACCAGCACCAGUAUUGCUGCGCAGUUUGCAGCGCAGGUGGCGGCCACCCUCGACACCUCCCCUAACCCCAGCAAGGACACAACCACCCCUGCCGCCUCCAGCGUGGUAUCAGCCGUCGCCAAGGAGACCGUCUCCAAGGAAACGGCAGCCAGGAAAUCCGAGAGCCCCAAGCCGGUUGCUGCCGCCGCGCCGCCUACCCCGACGGUCCAACCGGAAGCUCCCGCCGCCGCAACAGCGGUUCAAACCAGAACUGAGGAGCAGGCGGCGCCGUCGGAGCAGGCUGGCGUCGGCGUGGCAACAACCGUAUCCGUGGAUACGCCCGCGUACGUUCCCGUGGCCGAGCCGUCUUCUGUUGUUCCCGCCAAAUCGGAGCCGCCUCCGACAACAACAACGGUAACCAAUGACGACACAGACUCGGCUGUUUCCAGAAGAGCGGAGCCUGUUGUUGCCGCCGGGGAAACCAAGCCCGUUGCCAUGGGAACCAAGCCUGUAACCACGGUUACGAAGCCGACAGACGUUGCCCCCCCUCCUCAAAUGAGCAAGGACUCGAACCCCCCACCCCCGGUACCUGCCCCCAAAUCUGCACAAUCCAUGGUUGUAGAUAGCAAAGACAACAAAGAUGCAACUAAGGACCGUAAUGACACAGUUGCAGAACACAAACCUACUGUGGAAACUACUAAAACGACUUCAUCAGCAAAGCCCAAAUUGCCAGAGGAAGCACCCAAGCCUCCGACUGCAGGCGUUUCUACGAAGGCUCCUCCCGAGAGUAAAUCGGAAGAGAAGCCGGCUGCAGAGGUGGCUGGUAAGAAGCCUGCUGGGGAGACUACCGUUGCGCCGGAGAAGGCUGCUGCUCCAUCUGCUGUGGAAGAGGUUAACGAUGAAUCGCCACAGGCUAAACAAGUAGCAAAGAAGUCUCAGAAGAAGAAGAUGAAGGAGUUGAAUAAGAAGGGAGACAGUAAAGACACAGACCUUAUGGAUGCAUUCAGAGAAAAGGAAGAGAGCCAAACAGUAGAAGAGCCAAAGCCUGUUGAGGAGCCAAAGACAGAGCCUCCCCCUCCCCCCACCCUAACCCAGGCCAAGCCUGAAGAAACCAAGACUGUAGAAGUAAAGGUAGAACCGCCAAAGGAGGACAAACCAGAGGUCAAGGAGGCUCCCAAGGUCGAGGUCGUUCCCCCCAAGGCGGAACCUCCCAAGGUCGACACGGCGGCUCCAACAAAAGACGACACGCCGGCGCCGAAAGUUGACGGCGUUGCCAACAAUAACGAGACAGAAGAGAAUGAUGAAGAAGUCGUGGAGAUAGAAGACAAAUCUGGGUUAAAGUACAAAUAUAGGGAAGACCAGUGGAGUCCGUUAAAUCCUGAGGGGAAGAAGCAAUAUGACCGGAGUUUCCUGCUGCAGUUCCAGCCUGAGUGUAUCGACAAGCCGGACGGACUGCCCAAGAUCGUGGACGUGGUUUUGGACAAACCUCUCAUCAUCACGCCACAGCAGAUGCAGGGGCGGCCGCAGGACUUCAGGGGAAUGGGAGGGUUCAACAAAGGCGGUCCCCCGGGUAUCCCUGACCUGAUGCCAUCCUACAUGAAGUCACCAGGAGGAGGCCAUGGAAGAAUGGUACAUGGCCCUAACAUGGGGCGUCAGCAGAGCCGUGGAGGGAACAGGAGAGAGCCGCGGAAGAUCAUCCCCAGCGUGCACACCAGGCUGGACGAUGUGGAGCUGAACAAGGCUGACAACGCAUGGAAACCCUCCACCAUGAAGAAGGGCGCCGACAAAAGCCCAGAGGAGAAGGAAACUGAUGAAAUCUUCAAGAAGGUGCAGGGCAUCCUGAACAAGCUGACACCACAGAAGUUCCAGACUCUGUGUCAGCAGGUUCUGGACCUGGACAUCUCCUCGGAGGAGAGGCUGAAGGGGGUCAUUGACCUGGUGUUUGAGAAGGCCAUCACAGAGCCCAACUUCAGCGUCGCUUACGCCAACAUGUGCCGGUGCCUCAUUCAUCUGAAAGUGCCCAUGAAGGACAACCCCAAACAGACCGUGAACUUCCGCAAGUUGCUGCUGAACCGUUGCCAACGAGAGUUCGAGAAGGACAAGGACGAUGAGCUCAAGAAAGACGAGAGGAUGAAGAAAAUAGCGCAAGCCAAGAACGAGGAUGAGAAGAAGAUGAUGGAAGUAGAACUUGAACAGGAGAUGACGAAAGCGCGAAGACGCUCGCUGGGGAACAUCCGCUUCAUCGGAGAGCUCUUCAAACUGAAGAUGCUGACGGAGAACAUCAUGCACGACUGUGUGGUCAAACUUCUCAAGUCCAACGACGAGGAAUCGCUGGAGUGUCUCUGCAGGCUCCUUACCACGAUAGGCAAGGAUCUCGACUUCGAGAAAGCCAAGUUCGAUGCUCGGCAAAAAGACUACCCACGGCGCCAGCCUCGCAUGGACCAGUACUUCCAGCAGAUGGACAAGAUCAUCAAGCAGAAGAAGACGUCUUCAAGGGUCAGGUUCAUGAUCCAGGACGUCUUGGAGCUCAGGAUGAACAACUGGGUGCCAAGAAGAGACGACAACAACCCGAAGACCAUCGACCAGAUCCACAAGGAGGCAGAGCUGGAAAUCCAGCAGCAGAACCUGAAACUGGCGCAGGUCAAACAGGACAGCCGGCGACAGGACAGAAGAGGAGGCGGGGGAGGAGGCAGGAACCCCCAGGCUGCUAGUACCCAGGACGGCGACGGCUGGAACACGGUUCCCGUCGGCAAGAGUGCGCGCGUCUCCAUCGACCCGAACAGACUCAAGUUCUCCAAGCAACAGUUUGAUGAUGGAAACAUCCAGCUGGGUCCUGGUGGCCGCCCCGGGGCGUUUGGCGGGUGGAUGAAGGGCAGCAGCGGCGGGACCGGAGCCAAGUCCGCUCAGCAACAACAACAGCAACAGCAACAACAGGAGGACUCUGGCAGAUCAACUCCUUCUAACAGAUACUCUGCACUAAGCGGUGAUAUGAGCUAUGAUGCUGCCAGGAGAAAUACCAGCAGAGGAGGCUCUGGCUCGAGAGACAACAGUAAGACGGGCCGCGGUCAGCAGCAGGCUCCCGCCAUCGGCCGCAGAAACAGCCGGGACCAGGCGCGCGACGAACAGAGGUUCGCUCGAGACUCCGUCGUCGACUCGCUCAAGAGAAUCGAGAGCGUCGGAUCGAGAAGAUCCCAGUCGGGAGAACGGCCGGAGAGACCAGAGAGGGUCAGGGAAGAACCAGAGAAGGAGAGGAGACAACAAGAGAAGUCGCGUCCAUCACCCACCCCGUCCCCAGCCCCCGCGCCUGCCCCGACUCGUGAGCUGGACAGAGCCGGGAUGGAGAAGAAGUCUCAGGCUAUCCUGGACGAGUACCUGGGCAUCAGGGAUCUUAAGGAGGCAAUCCGGUGUGUGAAGGAACUGAGUCCUGUGUCCCUGCUGCAUGUGUUGGUGGAACAUUUCCUGAACCAGACCCUGGAGAGAAGUCCCCAGGCCAGGGAGGCCACCGGACACCUGCUGCAUGAUCUGGUCAAACAGGAGAUCGUACCCGUCGAACAGUAUCUCAAGGGGUUGGGAGGUAUCCUGGAGUUUGCAGAUGACAUGGCGAUCGACAUCCCCCACAUCUGGUCGUACCUGGGGGAGCUGAUCGGACCCAUGGUCCAGGACGGAAGUGUUCCGCUCACAUUCCUGAAGGAGGCGUGCUCCCCGCUGCUGGCCUGCGACAAGGCCGGUCUGCUCGUCUCCGAGAUUCUGCACCAAGCUGCCAAGAACAUAGGCCCCAAGAGAGUUGGGGAACUCUGGAAGUCUUCUGGGCUGGACUGGAAGAACUUCCUGUCUAAGAACGAAGACGUCCAUGACUUUGUACAGAAAAAGAAACUAGGCUUUACAUUAGACGAGAGCCGUGCGUUACCUAGGAAACCGGAGCCUCUGCCGAUGGACAGGAUACAGGGCGAGCUGGAGAGAUUACUCACCAAGGACAAGGCCGACAACGAGAAGAUUUUCGACUGGAUCGAGGCCAGUGUAGAUGAAGCCACAACAAAGGAACGAACGUUUAUCCGUGCCUUGAUGACAGCCGUCUGUAGAAGUGCAAUCAUAGGUGAAGGUACCGGCCAGAGGUGCGAUACCCAGGGCAUCCAGAAGAGAGUGGUUCUGUUGCAGAAGUACCUGGACAACGAGAGCACCAGAGAACUGCAGGCGCUCUUCGCACUACAGGCACUCAUGGUGCAACUGGACCAGCCCCCAAAUCUGCUUAGGAUGUUCUUUGACACACUUUACGAUGAGGAUGUAAUAUCAGAAGACGCGUUCUACGCGUGGGAAUCGAACACGGACCCGGCGGAACAAGAGGGGAAGGGAGUCGCGCUGAAAUCCGUGACCGCCUUCUUCACGUGGUUAAGAGAAGCCGAGGAGGAAGAGACAGACAGCUGAAACCCCCACAUACACAGCCUCGAACUGAUGCAUAUACAUAAAUCAGAUUAUGGAACCUGUUAAAAACGAGGCCGUGUGGAAUUAAAUAGGGCUGUGUUGGUUCCGACCACAAAAAGAAAAAAUGCAUCCAUAAUUUAUUAUAUGUCUGAAAAAGGGGGGAAGAAAGAAAGAAUGAAUGAAAGAAAGAAAAAAUGCAGUGUACGACAAAUAGAAAUGAAGGGAAGAAAAAAAGAUAAUAAUGUAGCAACAAGAGGCCAUAGUUCCAGCUAAACGCAGUAGAUUUCUAGCGCUACUGAAAAUGUUUCUUCCAAGUCUAAAUGAAUUCUUUUAGCUGGAAGUAUGGCCUGCCUAACCAUGCAGCAUUGUAGUUGGAAAGGAAGAGAAGCAGAAAGAAAAAAAAAUUGAAUACGCCAGACAUGUGCUCUGACCAGCUUUGUAUAUGUACAUGCUCUUACAAUCAAAUUGACACUGAAUUUUUUCGUUCUGCAGAGAAUAAAGAGUAAUUUAUUAUUGCAGAAAAAGAAGAGUAAAAAAAAAUACUACCAGCAGAAGAGCGGCGCCAACAUUUGUAUUCAAAGAACGCAAGGUUCCGCCGCCUGCGAUCGAUCGAUCGAUGCGUUCUCUCAGAAAAACUAAGUUCUGAGAAAGUGAAAUAAAACAGUUGAAUCUGAUGCGAAGUGGUGGUCUGAGAAUCUCUGCUGUUCAUGUCAGCUAUUCAGAGAGCCUUGUAAGCGGGCGACAAAUGUAGACUGCGACAAUGACACAUUUUAUACGCUAAUGCUGACCAACUCUGUGCUUCCUAAUGACUGAAUGAGAGAUAAGAAAGAAUGAGGUGGAAAAAAGAAGAUAUAGUCCACUUUUUGCAAAUCCGAAGACGAAAA